AUGGCAUUCAAAACAACAUCGUUACAAUUACCGAUUCCUGUGUAUUCUAAUGUUCAAACUACUAUUCCGAUUGAAAAUGAAAAUAAAGAAAGUACAACUCUUCUUUGGGUAUAUCCUAACACCGGUUUUCAUCAAGACACUGAACAAACAAGAACAUGUCUACGAAAAAUUAAUGAUUUCGUUGUCUUUCAUACUGAACUCGAAGUGUGCAUUGCAUUUAUUGAAUCGAUAAAAGACGAAAAAAUACUGUUGGUUACCUCAGGUUCCAGUGCAACUUCACUUCUACCACGUGUGAUACAUCUGCGCCAAAUCGAUUCCAUUUUUGUUUUCUGCAUCCAAAAGGCUAAAUAUGAAUACUUACUCAAUGACUUUUCAAAGAUUAUUGGUAUUUAUAUCAAACUUGAUGAAUUAUGUCGAUCUAUCAAAGAACAAGUAAAUCUUGUCGAUAAACAAAUGGAAGCAUUUAGCUAUUUUGAUUAUCAUCAAAAAUCAACAAAAGAUCUAACGAAAGAAUCAGGUGCAUUUCUUUGGUUUCAAUUGUUUAAUUAUGCUAUUUUACGUUUACCACGAAAUGAACAAGCCAAAAAGCAGAUGAUUACAAUAUGUCGACAAUACUAUCGCGGCAAUACUGGCGAACUCAAAUUGAUUGAUCAGUUCGAUCGCGAAUAUCAACCAACAGAAGCUAUUCGAUGGUAUUCCAAACAAUCAUUUAUCUAUAAACUAGUAAAUAAAGCAUUAAGAAGUCAACUCAUUUCAACCAAUGGAUAUUUAUCAACGAGUCGACGAAAAUCACAAGCCAUUGAAUUUGCAUUACAACCUACGAAACGAACAGAUAUCGUACGUGUUCUUUUUGAAAUUGAAUGUGAUAUACAACAAUUAGGUGAUCGUGUCAUAUUUGCCGAUAUUGCAAAAUAUAGUGAUUAUCCUGAUGAACAAGAAGUUUUAUUCGAUAUGAAUGCAGCAUUUCGAAUAAACAGCAUUCAACGUGAAUCACAGUUCUGGUUAGUCAAAAUGAAUGCAUCAAAUCGUGGCCAAAUGAUCGCGAAACAUUAUAUCGAAGAAACAGAAGAGAAAAGUAUUGCAAUUAUAUUUGGACGAUUAAUGUGUAAUUUAGGGCAAUAUGAUAAAUCAAUUAGAUACUUUGAGCAAUUAAUGAACGAUCCGAAUGAUGAAGAUCUCGCCUGGAUUGAGUUCAAUAUCGGAAGAGGUUUCGAUUUUAAAAAUGAUUGGAACGUGUCUCGAAAAUUCUAUGAAAGUGCAUAUCGACGAAUGGUAAAAUCAAAUCCACCACGUUUCAAAGAUUCAGCCUAUGUGCUUAAUAAUAUCGGUAUUAGUCUUCGUUGUCAAGGCAAAUACAAUGAAGCUCUCGACUAUUAUCGACGUGGAUUAAAAUCACUACAAAAAUUUUAUCCCUCUGGACACAAAGAUAUUGCACUAAUUCUUAAUAAUAUCGGAGACAUUUUCUAUUUACAAGGAGAAUAUUCUAAAGCUCUCGACUCAUAUGAGCAAGCACUAAAAAUGCACCAAAAGCUGUAUCCGACUGGUCAUGCGAAUAUUGCUAUUAGUUUGAGCAAUAUUGGUGAUAUUUUUUGUAACAAAGACAAAUAUGAUGAAGCAUUAAUCUAUUAUCAACAAGCGCUCGAAAUGCAAAAGAAAUAUUAUCCUUCUGGCCAUGUUAAAAUUGCGACGAGUCUUAAUCGCAUAGGUUCUAUUCUUUAUCAUAAAGGAAAAUAUGACGAAGCAAUCGUAUAUUUCCAACAAGCAUUGAGUAUACAAGAGAAAACAUAUUCAUCUGGACAUAUUGACACCACUACUAGUCUCAAUAACAUCGGUGAUGCUCUUCAAAGACAAGGCAAAUAUGACGAAGCUCUUGUUUACUACCAGCGAGCGCUUGAAAUGCAACAGAAAAUAUAUAUUUCUGAUCAUGUUGACAUUGCUUCCAGUUUCAACAAUAUUGGUAACGUGUUUUAUGAAAAAGCUGAUAAUGUAUAUCGAGUUGCUCGAACACUUGCGAGCUUAGGAAAGUAUGAUAAGGCACUAGAUUAUUAUCGACGUGCGCUUAAAAUACUAGAAAAGAUUUUUCCAUUAGGUCAUGUUGACAUUGCUCAUAAUCUAAACGGUGUUGGUACUAUUCUCCAAAAUCAAGGAAAAUACGAUGAAGCUCUUCACCGCUAUAAACGAGCAUUGGAUAUGCAACGGAUGAUCUACCCUUCCGGUCAUGUAGAUAUGGCGUGGACUCUAAAUUCGAUUGGUACAGUUUUUAAUAGUCAAGGAAAAUAUGCUGAAGCAUUGGAUUAUAAACAGCAAGCACUCAAAGUGCGUGAGAAGAAUUAUCCAUUUGGUCACGCCGACACUGCUAUUAGCCUUGAUGAAGUCGGUAGUACUCUUCGUUGUCAAAACAAAGAUGACGAAGCUCUUGAAUACUUCGAACGAGCGCUUAAAAUGCGGGAGAAUCUUUAUGAAUCUGAUCAUGCUGAUAUUGCUACCAGCCUGUGCAAUAUUGCCAAUAUUUUGUAUAGCAAGGGAGACCUAAACGCAAUUGCUGAAAUCCUCAACAAACAAGGAAAGUCUGAUGAAGCACUAGACUAUGCACAACGUGCCCUAAAAAUGCUGCAGAACUGUUUUUCCUCCGAUCACUCUGAUAUUGGUGAUUGUCUAGGUAUUAUUGCUGGUAUACUUGAUGAUCAAGAUAAAUACGAUGACGCUCUCAAGUAUUAUCACAAAGCACUUAAAAUGAGACAACGAAUCUACCCAUCUCAUCAUCCUGAUAUUGCUAAAACUCUUGCUCUAAUUGCUUGUACGCUUGUAAAACAGGAGCAGUGGGACGAGGCACUUCUGUAUUUUCAACGUGCACUGAAAAUACAAGAGAAGUUCUAUUCAUCGGCUCAUGAAGAAAUUGCAGCAGCUCUGCAAGGAAUUGGUCUUAUUUUAAAUGCUCAAGAAAAGUAUGAUAAAGCCCUUGAGCACUAUCAGAGAUUGGCAAAAAUAUAUGAACAACUAUAUCCUUCUGGAAGUGUUGAUGUUGCGGACAAUUUCAAUACCAUUGGAACGAUUUAUGAACAAAAGCACAAGCCAAAAACAGCACUAGACUAUUAUCAGCGUGCAUUAACUAUGUACGACGAAUUUGUACCUGUUGAGCAUCCAAGUCGAAAAGAAGUUGAGCAGAAUAUUCACCGUGUCAGUGAAAACCAAUGA